AUGGAUAAGAAAUUGGUGUUCUUUAAUGUCUUCACUAAUGAUCCAGAGGAAGGGCUGGAGUGCGCCCUCAGCAAAUUUGCAGCUGCCACCAAGCUGAGGGGUGUGGUUGACACAGCUGAUGCCAUCCAGAGGGCCCUGGACAAGCUGGAGAAGCUGGAAAAGCUUCUGAGGAUAGAGAGGAGGAAACUCCGGGUUAAUGAAGAGAUAGGAAGUCAGUCCCAGCUGGAAGAAAUGAAGAAGAGAUAUUCUGAAAAGUUCAAGGAAGUUGAUAGAUUCCAAAGAGAGGUUGCUGAAUUUUCCCAGCAGUUGGACAGGGAACGUGAACAGUGCACGCAGCUGGAGGCCAAAAAUCAGGCUUUGCAAGAAGAGCUGUCUGCCCUGCGUGGGGAGUGCGAGAACCUGGCCAUGGACAAAUGCCAGCUGCAAGAAGAGCUGGCAAAACUCCACCAUCAUUUGGAGACCAACGUGGUGGAUCGCAGCCAACUCGAACAGUGCAAAAGAGAGGUGGAAGAACAAGCAGACCAGGAAAUAAGACAAAAACUCCAAGAAGUCAAUGAGUUUUUGCAAGCACAGGCAGCCCACCAGGACACCUUAGAAGAAAUCAGAGCCAGUCAUGUGGACUCACUGAAAAAACAAUUAGAAGACAGAAUUAGAGAUCUGGAACGUGCACUGGGAAGGACAAAAAGCAACCAAGCAGAAAGACCUUUUCCAAAAGAAUCCACCCAGGCAGAAGUGGACAAGUACAAAGAGCUGUAUCUGGUGGAAGCCCAAAGAAGAAAAAGCCUCGCCAAGAAACUGGAAAGAGCUACUGAGAGACUUGCAGAGGCCAACACCAAGCUCUUUUUGGAGCGCCACAGAAGCAGAUCUGCGGUCCCAAGCAGCGCUGUCAGCGGAGUUCUGGCUGCAAGUCCACUUCUGGAUUCACCUGGCCUGGGACAUCUUGGCAUCAGUUUGGGACUGAGCAGAAGUCUGGCUCUCAGAACACCACCCAGACACCUGUGGUAAAGCCCAAGACUUCUGCU